GUGCUGGCUGUGGGCAGCGCAGUCUUCGAUGCGAUGUUUAAUGGUGGAAUGGCCACAACUUCUACAGAGAUUGAGCUGCCUGAUGUGGAGCCUGCUGCCUUCCUAGCUCUGCUGAAAUUCCUUUAUUCAGACGAAGUUCAGAUUGGACCAGAGACUGUUAUGACAACGCUUUACACAGCUAAAAAAUAUGCAGUUCCAGCCCUUGAAGCUCAUUGUGUGGAGUUUCUUAAAAAAAACCUCCGAGCAGACAAUGCAUUCAUGCUGUUAACACAGGCAAGACUUUUUGAUGAGCCUCAGCUGGCCAGCCUUUGCCUGGAGAACAUAGACAAGAACACAUCAGAUGCCAUCAAUGCGGAGGGGUUUACAGACAUUGAUCUGGACACCCUGGUUGCGGUGCUGGAGAGGGAUACCCUGGGGAUCCGGGAGGUUCGUUUGUUUAAUGCAGUGGUUCGCUGGUCGGAGGCUGAGUGUCAACGGCAGCAACUUCAGGUGAUUCCAGAGAACAAGCGGAAAGUACUGGGCAAAGCGCUUUCUCUUAUCCGCUUCCCAUUGAUGACUAUUGAGGAGUUUGCAGCAGGGCCUGCCCAGUCGGGAAUCCUCACGGACCGGGAAGUGGUGAGCCUGUUCCUCCACUUCACAGUGAACCCGAAGCCACGGGUGGAGUUCAUCGACAGACCGCGCUGCUGCCUGCGGGGGAAGGAGUGCAGCAUCAGCCGUUUCCAGCAGGUGGAGAGCCGCUGGGGGUACAGUGGGACUAGUGACAGGAUAAGGUUCUCGGUAAACAAAAGGAUAUUUGUAGUUGGGUUUGGAUUAUACGGAUCCAUACAUGGGCCAACGGAUUACCAAGUAAAUAUACAGAUCAUCCACACAGACAGUAACACGGUCCUGGGACAGAACGACACCGGGUUCAGCUGUGACGGAUCAUCAAACACUUUCCGGGUCAUGUUCAAGGAACCUGUUGAGAUUUUACCCAACGUCAACUAUACGGCAUGUGCUACUCUAAAGGGUCCAGAUUCCCACUACGGAACCAAAGGACUGCGCAAAGUGAUCCAUGAAUCGCCAACAACGGGAGCCAAAACCUGCUUUACAUUCUGUUACGCGGCUGGGAAUAACAACGGCACUUCGGUGGAGGAUGGACAAAUCCCAGAGAUCAUCUUCUACACAUAGUGCAGCUGCGGAGCUGGCUCUGGACUCUUCUGUUCUCUUCCCCGUGACCUUCUAAACUAAAUUUCUGGCUGAGUUUGACCACGCCAAUUGGAGCCACACUAGCCAAAGGUCUCAGUAAAAUCAUUUCAAAGCUCAUGUUUUGCCUUGUGCUAGUGAUUCUGCUGCUAUCCCGUACCAGACUAACUGGUGUACCAGUUUCAUUUGUAGGUUGUCUGUGGCUAGUCGUUUUUCACUUUACUGAUUAAUCCUAUCUAACAACAUGCAUUUUUUUUGACUGUAAUGAAUGUAGAUGCUUUUCCACCAGUCAGAAGCAUGGAAACGAGUGGCUCUGGUUGUGGUUAUACCUGCUGUGAGGAGAUAAUCCUGCAAAAAGACACAGUCGAGGGCUGUGUUGGCCCAUCCUCUUCUGCUCUAGCUCAGCAGUCGAGGCGAGCCGGUUUGCCGCGCCUGCCCGGCAGCGCCGCUGCAACAGCGGGGCUUGGCCAGCCCGUGCCUGGCGCCUUCCCUCCCGCCAGCCACGGCACGUGCAGCCGCCUUCAAAAAGUUACGGAAAGUGGCCUUUUCCCUGAGGCUUUGCUGUUUGCUACACGGUCUUGAGGGAGACCUCAAAACUAGAGCGCCUCUGGAGAGACUGCGGCGUUUUCAUGCUGUUCUCACUAAUUUGUGACAAUCCUUUACCUUGGGCAGUUGGCGACAGCGAACCGCUCUCCCCUGCGGACGGCCCGCGGCCCUGCGGACUGGGGAAGGGGCGGCGGCUCUGGCCGGGCGGGCUCUUUCCUCCCUUGCCUGCAGGCUGCCGUGCUGGGGCCUGGUGGUGCUUCUUUCAAACUCCGCAGCGCGUUUCAAACGAUGGAUGAUCCUCAGAUAACCCCCGUGCAGCCUUCAGCAGCAGGGUACCCGUACUAGGCGUCGCUGUGCUAAUCAAAUCCUUGGCAGAUAGUGCCGGGGUUUGUCAGUUGAAGCGAGCAAGGGAACUUGCCUCCCCUGGACCCCUGUUCCUGUGUGUUGCUGCUGUUUUCAUGCACGUUUCAAUGCAUUUUUCUCUUUGUUUCUGUGCGUUGCUAACCCACCCCAGGCCGCUCCAGAGCGUGCCGCCCUGAUGCGAAAUAGGAAGAGGCUUGACGUGCAACUGCCUGUUGCAGAUGGAUGAGGAUUUAUGAAACAGUUCAGGAGAACAAAGAUGUUCUGUUUGCCCGUGUACGUUUGCACAGUCUGCCUGUUUGGACAGGCGCAGGAGGAAGAUGCGGUAUUUACAACUAUCACCUGGCUUUGGGCCGUUGAGCUCAGUAAUCCUGAAGACGCCCCCUCCUCGCCCGUUCAGGGCCGGUUGCUUUUCCCCAUAAGCAGGUACGACGUGAGCUGAGCAGGGAAGGCGCCGUCCUGCCAGGGAGGAGGCGGGUGGCUUGUACUUGCGGCUGCCUGACCAGCCUCACGGUCGCUGCCCGCUGGUGAAGACUACGAGACUAUUUCCUCCUCCUCCUCCUCCUCCGCAGAGGAAGCUGUAAUUAAAGGACUGCUUGGCAGCGCGGCCAGAGCCUUCCGAAGUCUCUCUGGGACUCGCUGGCAAGGGGUGGUGCCGCCGCCGAGCCGAGGUUCCCCUUUGCAAACCUCCCCCUCCGCUCCAGGCACACGAAGCCAUCGUAACUCGCCGGGCAGCGGUUGUCACCUUUAUUUAGCUGCUAGAAGUUAAAACCUGGUCGUCCCGCGCUGGUGCGGGGAUGGCUCGGUGCCUGCUCGCUCGCUGGGGAAGUGACGUCUCCUCCUCUUGCUCCCUCCGGUCGGGUCUGUGGCUGACCGGGCAUCUCCUCGUCAGCCGCGCAGCAGUGAUACUGUCGGGAACACCCGGCACCUCCUAACCAGUAGCUAUUAGAGAUGUCAAUAGUGUGUUACGUUCUCUAGGAAGACGUUGUAAGAUGUGUAUAUUGUAAGCCUGCUUCAGGGUAGGAUGUUUUUAAUAUGGCCAGUAC